AUGGAGGCUGUACAAAUUGUCCCCUCGCCGACGCCGACGCCGACCCUGAUCCACGCGAAGGACUCGAGUUGCGCCUCGCUCAAUCUCCCGAGCGGCGGUGUCAUUGCUCUACCCGACGGCCAGAUCAUUACGUUGACGUCGCCGGCCGCGUUCAUACCCGUGUGUACUCAGCUCACGCAACCCGCAAUCAUUGCCAAUGGAGGUGGUGGUCUUACCGUCGACGAGAGCGCCCAGGAGGAGGUGUCUGCUCCGCAGUUCUCAGACUUUCGCGAUCCAUUUUACGCAUCAACAUUUCCACAAUGUUACGCCCUCGCUGCCACGACAGUGGUGGCAUACACCCUCGUCAUCAUGCUGUUCAUCACGCCACGGUCGUUUCUAGAUGGUGGUGUCGUGGUUCUUGGUCGACGAGGUUUUACGACUGGUGGGACCGGUGGUACCAAUAUUGGAGGUCGACCUUGGCUUCAGAAGGUCGCCGCCCUCAUGGUCGCUAUUUCGCUCACGAUCGCGACGGCAGACACGUUUCGCGUGGCCGAAGAACAGUACUCUUUGGGCAUUCAGAAUGCGCAGACGUUGCAGCAGGAUGUUCUCGGAGGUACUGAGUUGAAGGUCAUCCGCAUCGUCUCCGAGGCUUUCUUGUGGCUUGCUCAGGCGCAAACUUUGAUCCGAUUGUUCCCACGCCAGCGCGAGAAGGUUAUUAUCAAAUGGACGGCCUUUGCACUGAUUGGUCUGGGGGUGAUCUUCGACUCUCUUAACAGUUUCCUAUACACAAACCAGGGCGCUCUGAGACCUCGGUCAUUUACGGACGCCAUACCCGCCUUGAGCUACCUCUUCCAGCUAUCCCUCGGUGUUCUAUACGCCGCAUGGGUCAUUUACUACUCCCUUAUGAAGAAGCGCUUUGCCUUUUAUCACCGGCAAAUGCGGAACAUGUGCUUGGUUGCUCUACUGUCUAUCCUUGCCAUCAUUGUUCCCGUUGUCUUCUUCGUUUUAGAUAUAUCAAAACCUGAAUUCACAGGCUGGGGUGAUUACGUGAGAUGGGUGGGAGCGGCAGCGGCCAGCGUGAUAGUGUGGGAAUGGGUCGAGCGUAUCGAGGCUCUAGAGAGAGAAGAAAAGAAGGACGGUAUAUUGGGAAGAGAAGUAUUCGAUGGUGAUGAGAUGCUGGAUAUGACACCAGGCGACCACCCCUAUGGCCAGCACGACCCCCACCCGCAGUAA